UGUGAAUUUAAAAUUGAUAAUUUGCUUUCGGGAACCUUGGAGGUUCAUACAGUUUUAAGAGUAAGAUUCAAUGGACCGGGGGUCCGUUAUUUUAUGUAGAGAUAAUGGAAUUUUCUUUAUAAUUGAUUUGCAUGGUUUUAAUCUGGAUAUGUGUGAGCUGUUGUUAUAUGAAUGUAAUUCAAACAGCUGUAGAAUGCGAGGAGCAUUUUAUUAUGUGGGAUUUUGUUGGACAUUUUCCAUCGGACUCAAUUAUAAGUGAUUUUGAUAGUAAAAUUUGUGAAUACAUGUUUGCUAUUCUUGAAAUUUUGUUUUGGACUGUGUUAUUUAUACUUUUCGGUGAACUAAUUUUGUCCGGCGAGUGGUGUUCACCGGCGUGUGACGAGGUAUUACAAGGUGUAAAAUCUCGUGCGUGUUUGGUUUAAGUGUACAGUGAGUCUAUGUAUAUUGAGAAUUCGUGAUAUUUACUAGUGUAAGAAAAAAAAAUCUUUUUAAGUAUUGGGAAUGUUUAAAUAUUAUAUUUUUGACGUUUUUAGAGCGAAGUAAGAAUGGCUGUGGUGCUAAAACCCAGGCACAGUUUAAUUGGAAAAAGUUUGGUGCCAGUAGUUUUGAAGUUGAAAGCUUCAGAUGGUAAUUCGGAGGAUCUGACGUUGGCCAGGUUGAAAAGAGGAUAUCCUUUAGAGGAUUACUCAUUGGCUGAACUCAGAACAGAGUUUGAAAAACUGACAGGAGAGUCAGUCAAGGAUAUUCUGAUGUUGGCAGGAAAGGAGGAUAAUAUUGAGACUGUAAGAAUCCUCAUGAGUUACACUAUUGAACAUGCCAAUACGGUUGGGGCUCCUAGGGGCCAGGUACUAGAGGCAACUGCUACUGCUUCUACCUCACGUGACAAUGCUUCUGGCUCUUCAAGUAGUACGGUAACUGCCCAAAGGGAUCAACCCUCGGGAUCUUCGAGUGGUAACUCUCAAGAUAUGGCUGGCAAGAAAGAUGGAGAAGGACUGGAGGAUCAGCUUAAGAGUAUGAAAGAGGAUCUUAAAGCGUUGAAGAGUAGACGAGAUGACUUACAGGUAUAUACUCUUCAAGGCCAAGAAGAUUUUACCUGUGGAGGUGGUCAAAAACAUUCAGAGGGGGAAAAGAUUUCUACCUUGGAAUAUUUAAUGGAGAGACGAUUAAGUUAUUUGGAUCAUUUGGUAGAUGAUACGGCAUAUAGUCGCCAGAAAUGUUCUUUAGAGAAGGAAUUCACUUAUUUUUUAAGAGAGUAUAGAGAUGGGAAAGGAUUAGUAGAUGCAAAUCCUGAGGAUAUUCGUCAUUUUCUUGUUCUAAAAGAUAAGAACGGGAAAACUCAGGUGCACGAUAUUAAUUGUCAGUUCCUUGGGAAAAAGGGUUCAUUUGCAUGUGGGUGUCCUCACAGACUUGCAGUAGGCACAGUAAGAUCAAUUUUAGGAAAACUAAAACCUAUUUUUGCUUCUUAUGGGAAAGGGUUUGAUUGGGAUAGUAGGUACAAUAUUGGUAACCCUGUAUGUUGUUCAAGUGUUAAAAAAUAUGUAAAAGCGAUACAGUUGGAACAAUCUAAGUCACAUGUUUGUGUACAACAAGCCAAACCUUUGUUUAUUAGGAAGCUUAAGGAUAUAUCAAAAUAUAUUGCAAGCCAGUUGGAAAACCCCGAAUUGUCCCUUUCAAAACGUUAUGUGUUACUUCGGGACCAGGCAUUCUUCAAGAUACAGUUUUUCUCAGGGGAUAGGGCACAUGAUCUUGGUUUAAGUUUAUCGCAGGAGGUUAUCAUUUUGGGAGAUGGUAAGGGCCUUAUGUUUUCUCAUACAGUAGGGAAGACUUUAGGCACGGGAAAGGUAAAUGAGUUUAUGGUUCCUAGGGUUGAAGAAAGUUUGCUCUGUCCUGUGAUGGCUUAUAGAUCCUAUGUUGAGGGUUCUUUGGAUAUGGGUGUAAAUUUGAAAACAGGUUAUUUGUUCCGUACUCUUGAUCCUUCAAAAGGUUCAGUCACUGACUACCCGGUAUCCUCAAGUACUAUGUUUGAACGUUUGAAAAUUUAUUUGUCAGUUCUGGGAAUAGAUGAAGGGGAAACUCCACAUGGGAUUAGAGGUGCUUGUGCAAUUACUUUAGCAACUUCUGGUGCAGUGGCAGGGGAAGUAAUGGAACAUAUUGGUUGGGCUACAAAUUCCUCAUAUAAAAGAUAUAGUAGGGUGGGGAAAAUGCUCGAAGGGGGUUCUGUGGGGAAUAUCAUGACUAAGCUUGCGACAAGUGAUUUUGACCAGUCUGAGAGAGUAUUUAAAAGUUUAAUGGGUGAAUAAUCGUUUCCUCAUAUCUUACUAAGAGAUGAUUAUUGUCAUAUUGCCUGUUUAGUGGUGAGCUAAAUAAAGAUGUUGUUUGCAUUAAAUUUUUGGCUGUUUUCUUUUGUUAAUUUUGAGAUAUAGAGUUUCUUUAAGUAUUGGGUGAGUAUUGGGUAAGGCUGGAGAGUUGUUAUGUAAACAUGCUUAAUAAUUUAUGAGGAUAAUUUGUCCAGUUUUCACUCUUUUACCCAAUACUUAAAGAAACUUGGUCAUAUUGAGCAUAGACUUUACUUAGAAUAUUUUUAUAUUCUAAGUUAAGUCUCGCGAGAUGUGACUAUAUUUAAAUCACUCGAGUGGCGGCUGUUGGGGGGGUUGCAUGGAGAAUGUUUUCCUGCAUCCUGCGGAAAUGAACGGGAAAAGGUU